AUGGACGCCGCGGGCGGUGCCGGUGGAGCGGUCGUCGUCGACAAAGCGGGCGGGCAGGCGCCGCCCAAGACGCUGGUUGACUGGGCGCUGAAGAUCCUCGACACGGCCGACCCCGACGAAAAGGCCCGGCUGGGCGACCUCGCCGCCACCAAGUGGCUCCGCGGCGCCAUCCCGCUGCCCUACGACCCGGCGCAGCCCGCGCGCGCCCCGCCGGACCGCCCGGCGCGGAGCGACGCGGUGCGGCUGCUCCCGCCCUCCCAGGCGCCGAAGCUGGGGAAGGGCGGCAGCGCGCAGAGCCGGCUGGCGAUGCUGCACUCGCUGGCGCACAUCGAGAGCUGGGCCGUCGACCUCUCCUGGGACAUCGUCGCCCGCUUCGGCGCGCAGCUCCGCAUGCCCCGCGGCUUCUUCGACGACUUCGCCCGGGUCGCGCAGGACGAAGGGCGGCACUUCGCGGUGCUCUCCGCGCGGCUUCGGGAGCUGGGGUCGCACUACGGCGCGCUCCCCGCGCACGACGGCCUCUGGGACUCGGCGAUGCGCACCUCGCACUGCCUCCUCGCCCGCCUAGCCGUCGAGCACUGCGUCCACGAGGCUAGGGGAUUAGAUGUCCUUCCAACCACCAUAUCAAGAUUCCGUGCUGGUGGGGAUGAAGAAACAGCCAAACUACUCGAAGAUAUUAUUUAUCCAGAAGAGAUAACACACUGUGCAGCUGGUGUUAGGUGGUUUAGAUACCUGUGCCUCCGGUCCCUCGCCAGCGAUCCAAUUGCACCUCCAGUUCCGCAGCCUAAACCCCAAUGCUCUGCUGAGCUGCCAGAAGGUAGGACAGGUGAUGAUAGUAAGACUUCUCAAGCGGUGCAUGAUGGAUUGGCGGAUAAGCCGACAGAAGAUAUUAAUAGCCGCGAUGAGACGAUUCAACAAGCGGAGGACGGACUGGCACGGUGUGGCCUAGGCGAAAAUGGGGACACCGAUGAAAUGGCAAUCAUUGAGAGGUUCCACAGCAUCGUUAGAGAGCAUUUCCGUGGACCCCUGAAGCCCCCCUUCAAUGCGGAAGCCAGGAAAGCAGCUGGAUUUGGGCCUGCCUGGUAUGAACCCCUUGCGGUGAAGGAGGCAGAGACACAAGCAAUCGAGCAAAGUGAGUAA